AUGAAGGGGCCGCGGGGCCUAGGUGCGACGGGGCCGGGAACGAAAGGGGCCGCGGGGCCAGAAACCAAAGGGGCCGCGGGGCCUAGGUGCGACGGGGCCGCGGGGCCAGAAACGAAGGGGCCGCGGGGCUUAGUGCACUGCACCCUGCUCUCCCUCAACGCAUCCACUCCAUUCCUGUCCUCCCCUCCCGUGCUUCUAUCCCCAUCCCCAGGGGCACGCCCAGGUGCAGGCUCGGGUGCAGGCUUUGAUGGAGGCUUGGGUGCGCGGUCAGAGGGAGCAGGGCAGGGCGGGCAGCAGGCGCGCGAGGCAGCGGGGCUGGAGUGGAUGAUGCGCGCACCAGAGCGACCGCUGGGGGAAACGAGGGCGGUGGAGGAGGAGGAGGAGAAGGGGAAGGGAGAGGCGUUUCAUAAGGUGUUGCUCUGCCCCUUUCAGUUUUGCUCUGCCCCUUUCAGUGUUGCGCUCAUUCCUCUCUGGUAUGCCCCUCUCGUUGUGGUGCUGGGAAGCAGUGCACGAGAGCUCAACCCGUACUUCAAGUCCGGGGACGGCUUCCCUGACUCCGCUGCCGCCCACCCUGCUGCUGACCCUGCCGCCCAACGGCCGGGCUCUGCCCGCCCAGCACCGCCGCCUGGUGUGGGCGAUGGCGGUGCCAGCUGGCGGCUGAAGGCUCUGCGGCGCGCCAAGGAGCAGGCGGAGCGAGAGGGGAAGCGGCUGAGUGAGGUGGUGUCGGACCGGUGGGGCUCGCUCUCCUCCCUCACCGCCCGCCUCUCCUCCGCCCGCGCUGCCCCCGCCUUCGCCCACAAGCAUGCUGCCCGCGACCGUGAGAGGGGCGCAGGGGAGGAUAGAGGGGAAGAGGGGGAGGGGGCGCAGGAUGGGAGGGAAAAGAGAGAAAGGGAGGGAAAAUUGAGCAGGGGUGUUGAAGGGUCGAGGAUUGAAGAUAAGGAGGGGGAUGGAGAGGGAAAGGGUUGGAGAGGCAAGGAGGGAGGCACAAGGGACAAGGGGAUCGGAGGCAGGGGAAGGUGGGGGCAAGAGGGGAAGCGAGAGAGACAGGGAGAGGGGCGUGGCAGGAGGGGUGGGCGAGAUGAUGGUGGUGAGGAGGAGGAGGACGAGGAGGAGGAGAGGCGGAUGAGGGGCGGCAGGAGGGGGUACCUGGAGGGCGUGUCAGGAGGGGCGAGGGCGGGCAUGAGGGUGCCGCAGCAGGAGUCAGUGUCGUGGCGCCGGCGAGGAGAGGGAGGGGCGCCAGGUGGCAGGGGGGGAACUGGUGACAAGGUGAGGGAUGGGGAAGGAGGCGAGGGCAAGGGGAGCGAGGAGAGGAAGCAGGCGUGGAAGGGGGUGGGGGCGUGGAGGCCUGGCAUGGGCGUGGGCAGGCGGGGCGGGUGGGCUGAUGGCGUGCUGGAGGAAGCAGCUCGCAGCGUCAAUGCGUUCGCUGAUGACGGCGGCUUCCUGGCGCAGCAGCUGGCUCAUGGCCCUGUGGCGGGGCAAGGCGCGGGCGGAGCGGAAUCGGAGAGGGGGGUUGGGGCCGCGGAGGAGGCGAGGGGUGCAGACGGUGGGAGGAGAGGAACAGCAGGGGAGAGAGGGCGGGAUGCAACAAGCAGUGGUGGGGCUGGAGGGAGGGCAGAAGGAGCAGCAAUAGGCGAUGGCGAGAAGAGUGAGAGGAGGGAGGGCGGUGAGCAAAGGGCGAGUGAGGACGGUGUACAGAAGGGUGCGGGAGAGGAGGUGGGAAGGAUUGGGGGAGGGGAGAGCAUGGAGGGCGGCGCUGAGCGUGUUGGUGGGGCUGCUGUGGAUGCGGGCGAUGCAAGGGUGCAGGAGAUACUGGCGGGCGGACUGACAGCCAAUCAGAUGGCGGCAAAGGCCAUGCAGCUCAAGCUGAUGGGCAAGGCAGAGGAAGCUGACUGCUGGCAGCGUGCAGCAGCGGCCAAGUCCCAGCCCCCUCCUCCAGCACCACCGCCCGCACUGCUGGCUGUACCUGCCACAUCCACAUUGGAGCCACGGGCCCUUGGGGAGGGCAGGGGGGACGGAGAGGAAGAGGAGGAGGAGAGGGGGGGUCGGAGGGAGGUGGUGCAGCUGCCGCUGGUGGAUGGCAGCGGGCGGUACCUGCCGGCUGUCAUGGCGGCACGGGAGGGGAGGGGCGAGGUGCAGGCGGGGCGGCGGGAGAAGCGGGUGGAGCGAUACGAUGUUGAGGCGGGCACGGGGAAGCGGGCGAGAGGGGAUGGACAUGGGAUGGGAGAGCCAAGGGGAGGAACGGAUGGCAAGCACGAGCAGCAGCCAAUCUCGACCCCAUCUGCCAUUCCUUCUCUUCCUUCCGUCCCUCCUUCACUUGAAUAUGCCCCUCUCACCGGGAGCGCCCUCUGCCUGCCCCGCAGGCCGUCACAGCAGCAGAGGGAGAAGGCGGGGCAGGUGGGCGAGUUCAGGCGCCAGGUGGCGGUGCAGCAGCGCUGCCAGCAGUGCAUCGACAGCCCCGCCCGCCCUCGCCACCUCGUGGUGUCCGUUGCCGCCCACAGCUACCUCAUGCUGCCGCCCGGGGGCUCUCUGCUGCCCAAUCAUGUGCUCAUCGUGCCGUCUGAGCACGAGGACAGCAUGCGGGUGGUGGAGGAAGCGGUGUGGGAUGAGGUGCGCAACUUCAAGAAGUGCCUCACACGCAUGGCCAUGGCCGUGGACGACGGCGCGGGGGUGAUCUUCCUGGAGAGCGCCAUGGGGGUGGGCGGGGCGGGGCGGCAGCGCAAGCACUGCUAUGUGGAGGCCAUCCCCGUGCCCGCUGCUGUCAUGGCCCAGGCUCCGCUAUACUUCAAGAAGGUGGGCCGAGUCACCAUGGCACGUGCAUUGACGUGUGCUUCCUCUCCUCUUCCACCUCCGACGCACCUCAAAGUGGUGGAUGGAUUGAGGCGGGAAGUUAGCAGACUGGGAAGCGUGUUAAGGGAAAAGGGGUUCCGUGGCGCAUUGGACGAGGCGGAGAGCGAGUGGAGCCAGCAGCACAGCAAGCGCAUCCUGGACACACGCGCCAUCAGGGGCGGGCUGCGCGCUGCCAUCCCGCCCAACUUCCCCUACUUCCACGUCGAGUUCGGCCUGCAGGUCAGCCCCCCUGCCCAGCUCGCCAUGAUGCAUGUGGUCGCAUCAGGAUCACGAGCAGGCGAGACCAACAGCCAUGACCACUCGGCCUCAUCGUUUGACACCCCUCUCAACCCACCUGCUCCACCUGCUGCUCAUCCCACCCCUCUCCCUCCCCGGCAGGGCGGCUACUGCCACGUGAUUGACGACGAGAGCUCCUUCAAGCCGUCCUUCGGCCGCGAUGUGAUCGCCGGCAUGAUGGAGAUGGACCCUGAGAGGUUCGGUGGGCGCGCGCGCGCCAGAGGGGGGCGGGGAGGGGUGGGGUCACGCCCGCAGGAGGUGCAGCAGAGCGUUGCCAAGUUUAUAGAGAGCUGGAAGCCGUUUGAUUGGACCAAGAUGCUCGAUGGUUGA